AUGGCGUCAUCGACUUCCUCCCAGAAAUCCCGACCUCUACUCAUCCCAUAUAAGCGCGCUCUUCUACCCUCACGAACCAACAAGCCAGGCCCCACAGUAUACAAAGUCCUCAAUCCUAGCGCCAUGCCCGCAGAGACGAGCAUAAAAAAAUCAUACGAAGAGGCUACCAAAGAAAGAAACAAGUCCACAAGUUUAAGUGGGCAUAAUAAAAGCUCAUCUGAAGACGAAGAAGACUACGAGCCCCAGGCCCCGUGCUUUGAAGUGUCAUUCUCUAUGCCGCCACAGCCCUUCCUCGACCCACCGACUUGGGAAGCGAUGCUCAAACAUGGCCGCGAGAGAUUAGCAGCACAGUCAAUAAAAGAAGAACCGGGCUCAGGGGAGGAUCGGGAAGAGGAAUCGGUAGAACGGAUGAGACAGCGAGUGGAGCGUGAAACGGAGUAUGGGUCUAUGGCUAUUCGGGGCCGCUCGAGUGUACGCGGGCGUGGGAAGAGGGGAAGGGGGAGAGGAAAUGUCUACUGGGGUGGUAGGCAUUGA